GCUUCUUUAGUACCUCUUCAUCAUCGCCACAUAUUGCAAGUUAAAUCCCGUCUCUACACAAAAUUCCAGCAAUCAAUUCAGUCAAAUUUCUCUCGCUCCCACCUUUCACAAAGCAAUACAUCCUCCACCAACCAAGCCAAACCAAACCAUGACCCAAAACUACCUCGAGCUCUUCAUAAUCGACCCUAAACAAGGAAACACAUUCCACUCCCCAACAACUAAGCAAGACUUCCAAUGGAUCCUCAACCAAUGCGCCUCCGGACGAGGCGGCAUCUCCUUCUCCUUCCGGCAAUCAACCACGAACCCAUACCACCUACUCUUCGUCGGUUGCUGGGCCUUAAAAGCAGAUCACGAUGAUCUGGACCUCCGCGGCGUGACGCCGAAAAUGCUUCAAAGAUUAAUGUCUCGAAUUACUGUUCCUCCGAUUGCUGUUUAUUAUCUGUUAAUGGAUGAUACGAAGAGGAGGGAGGUGGAGUUUGAUGCACAGAUUUUGGGUAUCACGGCUUGGCAUGUUAGGGAGGGGUAUAGAGGGGAGUUUGGAAGGGAGGUAGAAAGGAGGGGAAUCAGAGGGGCCUGGUAUGUGGAGAGAGGGGUCCCGCCUAGGCCGCAACUUAUGCCAACGGAUGAGAUAGAGAUGAGGAUUAUUGAGGAGGGGGAGAAGAGGACAGAGGCGAGGCUGGAGAUGCCAACUCCCAAUAUUUGGGUUUCCUUCUGGACAGAUGACAAGGAGAAUGAAGCGGAGGAGUUUCGGGGCGCGGUAAAGAGCUUUGCUGAAGAGAUGGAGGGUGGGAAGUAUGAAAAGUUUCUCUCGGGUUAGGUUGCGAGCACUUGCUACCUGCAGGUCCCUAGAAGUGUGCUAUUUUAAGUAAUCCGAUUAAAAGUAUUAAGUUUUAAUAG